AUGUCAUCAUCUUCAUCCGAUGAAUUGAAAGAAAGAUUAGACGAAGUUUUCGACGAUAUCUGCAAAGAUACAUUCAACGACAUUCUCGAGGCCCAAACCAAUAAGCAAAGGAAACGUGCUUAUAUAGAACGAAACCGUGAAGCAGGACACAACCGUUUAUGGAAUGACUACUUCACCGAAAAUCCGACAUAUGAGGCACAUUUUUUCAGACGCAGUUUCCGUAUAAACAAGGAAUUAUUCAUGCGUAUUGUCUAUGGCCUCUCACAGAACGUUCCAUUCUUUCAACAAAGAAGAUAUGCUAUCGGGAGGCUUGGUCUUUCUCCAGGUACCUUAAACGAUAUUAAUGUCCUUGAUCGGUCUCCUAUUUUUGAUGACAUUAUAGAAGGUCGAGCUCCAAGGUUAGAGUACGUGGUCAACGGACACAAGUAUAAGUUCGCUUACUACCUCACAGACGGUAUAUAUCCAAAAUGGUCAACAUUUAUCCAAUCUAUCACACUUCCUCAAGUUCCUAAAGCAAACUUAUUUGCUAAAGUUCAAGAAGCAGCCCGAAAAGAUGUGGAGCAAGCCUUUGGAGCAUUGCAAGCUCGAUUUGCGAUUGUCAAAAACCCGGCUCUUACAUGGGACAAAGAAAAGAUAGCAAAAAUUAUGCGAGCAUGUAUCAUACUACACAAUAUGAUAGUCGAAAAUGAACGCAAUGGAUAUGCUCGUAUCGACAUAUCGGAAUUUGAAGAAGGAAAAUCACCAGAAGUUCACAGGUGGAAACCGAAACCGACAGGCCUACAAAUCUCAAUAACAUAUUUGUCAAUCAAAAUCAGAAAGAUCUUCAGGAUAGGCGUAUACAUGAACAAUUGA